AUGACAGACAACUUGAUCACCAAGAAUGUGCUGGUGCUGGAGAUUUUUCCGGGAGUCUGCCAACUACACCUGUCAAGCCCAGUCAACCCUGGGACGGUCACCAAGGAUGUUGAGGUCAAGGUACAAGGGAGUGUCAAGGAGAGUGUCAAGGAGAGUGUCAAGGUAAGUGUCAAGGGUAGUGUCAAGGUGAGUGUCAAGGAGAGUGUCAAGGAGUGUGUCAAGUCGUUUUACGAAAUGGACUACCACUGCCCUGUACCACAUGUCACUGAGUGCUACCCUAUACCACAUGGCACCUACCUAACCGUGGACGGUGACACCUACCUUACCGUGGACGGUGGCACCUACCUAACCGUGGACGGUGGCACCUACCUUACCGUGGACGGUGGCACCUACCUUACCGUGGACGGUGGCACCUACCUUACCGUGGACGGUGACACCUACCUUACCGUGGACGCUGGCACCUACCUUACCGUGGACGGUGCACACUACCUUACCGUGGACGAUCUGACUCCGUUCACUGAGUACGAAUUCCAUGUGUUGGCCGUGAAUAAGAUCGGUCGGGGACCACCUUCGGAACCUGCCAUCGUGACCACUGGAGAAACAGACACUGCCAAGGCUCAGGUCGACAUUGCAGACACUGCAAAGGCUCCAGGUAAGACAUUGCUGGGACACUGCAAGGCUCCAGGCGGACAGUGCAGACACUGCAAGGUACAGGUAGACAUUGCAGCCUCUGCCAAGGGCUCCAGAGUAGACAUUUGCAGACACUGCAAGCUCCAGGUAGACAUUGCAGACACUUGCAAGGCUCAGGCAGACUGGCAGACACUGCAAGCGGCUCCAGAUCUGACUCCGUUCACUGAGUACGAAUUCCAUGUGUUGGCCGUGAAUAAGAUCGGUCGGGGACCACCUUCGGAACCUGCCAUCGUGACCACGGGAGAAACGUGCGACUCAAUUUUUUACCCACAGGGCUACAAGCUAUACUACACCACGAACCCAUCACUGCCCAUCCAGUCGUGGAAAAGCCAGCCAGUACAGGAUAACAAGCUGACCACCAUCAGUGAUCUCACCCCUCACACUAUAUAUACCAUACGUGUUCAAGCUUAUACUGGUAUUGGACCAGGACCUCUCUCAGACCCUGUUAAGGUCAAGACCCAGCAAGGAGUGCCAAGUCAACCCACGAAUCUACUGCCAUCAAGAGUGACAUCCACGUCUAUUGAGCUGAGUUGGACCAGACCUUCACACCAGGGAGAGAAUAUCAUCUCUUAUGAACUGUACUGGAAUGACUCCACUACACAGAAACAAGAGCAGCGCAACAUUCCCGAAGGUGAGAGCUUCACCCUGGAGGAUCUGCAGCCCAACACUGUGUAUAAUAUGUGGCUAGCUGCAAGGUCGCAGCGCGGGGAAGGAGCUGCCACAGCACCCAUAUCUGUUCGAACUGAUCAGCACACCCCUGGUGCGCCCCCUAGUGACAUUCGAGCUGUUGCUGAGGAUUCCGAGAGCAUCAGGGUGGAAUGGCAGCCUCCGCCACUAGAUAAACAGCACGGAGACAUCACCUACUAUAAACUCAUGUUCGUCAACAAUUCGAGGCCAGAUUCAGAUGCUUCAGUCAUCACGAUAUCAGAUCCUAACCAGCGCGAAUAUCUCAUUACCAACUUGAAAAAAUGGACCGAGUAUCGUGUUUGGAUGCUAGCAGGAACUGUUAUAGGGGAUGGGGUCAAGUCUGACCCCCAGUUGGUGCGCACGGACGAAGAUGUUCCUGGCGAACCACAUAAUGUUAAAGUGGACGUGAUCAAUAGUACGAGCAUCGAGGUGACUUGGACGCCUCCAAACGAGAGAGAGAGGCAUGGCAUUAUUCGAGGAUACCAAAUCCACAUACAAGAGAUAGAAGGACGGGGGGAAGGUCAUGUAGUUGACAGCCUGAGUCCGUACACCGUUCACAACGGCGAGGCGACCAGCUUCAUUGUCACCAACCUGCAUCCUGACACCGAGUACCAGGUGCAGGUGUCAGCCAUAACCAGGAAGGGUGAUGGUGUCAGGUCGGCACCAGAGAGAGUGCAGAUGCCUGGCGGUGUGCCUGACAAACCUGCUCUCAUUGUUAAUGGUACUGUUGAUAAACAAACGGGAAAACUCUCUGUUUAUGUGGAGUGGGUGGCCCCAACAGAAACUUAUGGAGAAAUUAUGGGGUAUCGUCUUAGAUACGGACCUAGAGGAGAAGAACUUGAGACCAUAACUUUGGAAGGCCAUUCAAUGCUGCACAAAACAUUAAACGACUUGCAGCGAGGCAUCGAAUACGAAAUAAGAGUGGCUGGUCGUAACCACAUAAAUUAUGGUCAAGAGGCUGUCAAAUAUUAUAUUACUCCAGAGGCUGCUCCUUCAGGACCUCCCACCAAUAUUACUUACAGAUAUCAAACUCCAGGGACGAUUGUGUUCACCUGGGACCAGCCAGCACCCAAUGAGAGAAAUGGUGUCAUUAUCCUUUAUGAGUUACAGUUCAGCAAGAAUGUCAUCCUCAACAACGAUUUCAAACAUGAUAAAAAUGUCACUGAUAGUAAUCGCAUUGUUUUUAAUGGUUUAGAAGAAAAUAUGGAUUAUACAUUUAAGGUACGAGCAUGGACUUCGAAAGGUCCUGGACCGUACAGUGAGACCUUGCACCUCCACACUGAGCCAGACCUUGUCCGUGCCCCCAUGAACCUCCAAGGCCUCGCGACAUCAGAAUCGUCCAUUGAAAUCUGGUGGGAGCCAGUCCCUUCGCGUGGCAAAGUCAUAGGAUAUCAGGUUUUCUACACAAUGUCUCCAGGUCCUGAUCUAGACUUGUGGGAUCAAGUUAGCGUUCCUAUAACACACUCAGCAGAGCUGCAGAACCUUGAGCGUCACGCCGAGUACGCCAUUGCUGUCGCUGCAAGAACUGCUUCCGGCUUGGGCCGCCUCUCAACGUUGCUGCAAGUGCGUGUGAAACCAGUCGACGUGCCCAUGCACCUGCGUGCUCACCACGUGACCACUCAUUCCGCUAAUCUCACUUGGGGUCCACCCAUACAGCUGAACCCCAUGCACUUCAAGGUGACGUACAGCGCUGUGAAGGAGUUCGUGGAUGCCCAGGGGGUCACCCAAGUUCAGAGAAUCCCGACUGUUACUAAUAUUGUCCACCAUCGAAAAUAUUGUUACAUUAUAGAGGAUUUGAGGCCUUUCACGACCUACACUGUCAAUGUUACCGCUGUGCCCCAGACUAACGAAUACCGUCCACCAGCAAAAAUUACUGUUACCACACAGAUGGCAGCUCCUCAGCCCAUGGUUAAGCCAGACUUUUAUGGAGUCAAAGGUGACCACGAGAUAGCUAUGAUCCUGCCUCAGGCCUCGGAAGAAUAUGGGCCAAUCGCAUUUUACUACCUCAUUGUUGUGCCGGAGGACAAGAUGCACCCCUUCAAGAACCCCGACCAGUACCUCACAGACGAUGUAAGUAGGGAGAGAGAGGAGGGAGAGGGAGAGAGAGGGAGAGUGCCGCACACACGUUCAGAACAAGAACGAAGCAAGAGGAGACUAGCGACGACAAGCUCUUUAUUUACCAUAAAGCUUAUAGCUAACAAAGCAGGAAGCAAAGAAGCCCUUGCUGAAGGCCCGUACAUCGCAGCUAAGUUUCUGCACCGUAACAUCCCAUACUCCUUCUCCCUCGGUAACGGCCUUAUAUAUGAGGGCUUCAAGAACAGACCGCUACAGAAAAAGAAGAGAUACAAGAUUUUUGUGAGGAGUGUAGUGGACACACCUGGCCAGCACCUGUACACAUCAUCGCCCUUCUCCGCUUAUAUCUCACUGGACAUGCGUCCAGCGCCCUCGGGAGAAUUGCCACGGCGGCCUAAUCCAUUCGAACCGACUAACCCUUCAGACGUUCAUAUUCAAGAUAAUGUAAAUGAUAUGGAAAUGUUGAUGAUUAUUGGUCCUGUGAUUGGGGCGGUGCUGCUUGUGGUCAUCUCUCUCUUCUUGUUCCUCUUUGUGUGGAAGCGGCGACGACAACCGAAGUCACCAGACCAAGCCCAGGUAACAAAGCCAUUAAUGGCAGACCUUGGUGGUAGUCAUGGUGGCGGAGGUAUCGGAGGUGGAGUUGGCGGAGGCGUUGGGAUCAUUCCAGCUGCUCCCUCAGAUCCUGUCGAGAUGCGCCGACUCAAUUUCCAGACCCCUGCCAUGAUCUCUCAUCCUCCUAUACCCAUCUCUCAGCUAGCUGAUCACAUAGAGAGACUGAAAGCCAAUGACAAUCAGAAGUUUUCGCAGGAAUAUGAGUCGAUUGAACCUGGCCAACAAUUUACUUGGGACAACAGUAAUUUGGAAAUCAAUAAACCUAAGAAUCGUUACGCUAAUGUCAUUGCCUACGACCAUUCAAGAGUGGUCCUUAAGACAUUAGAGGGCGUUUCUGGUAGUGAUUACAUCAAUGCUAAUUUCUGCGAUGGAUAUCGUAAGCAAAAUGCUUAUAUUGCCACUCAGGGUCCUCUUCCUGAGACAUUUGGAGACCUGUGGCGUAUGCUGUGGGAGCAGCAAUCUUGCACCAUUGUGAUGAUGACUAAGCUAGAGGAGCGUACAAGGAUCAAGUGUGACCAGUACUGGCCUGCCAGGGUGUCUGCCAUGGAGACGUAUGGAAUCAUGCAUGUUACCCUCACUGACGUGCAGGAACUUGCCACGUACACUGUCAGGACCUUCCAGCUGCAGCGGUCUGGUAGUUUGGAUCGCCGUGAGAUUCGACAGUUCCAGUUUACUGCCUGGCCUGACCACGGAGUUCCUGACCAUCCCUCUCCAUUCCUCAUGUUCCUCCGACGUGUCCGCCACGUCAACCCUGCAGAGUCGGGCCCAAUCAUUGUCCAUUGCAGUGCCGGUGUGGGUAGAACAGGAGCCUUCAUUGUCAUUGAUGCCAUGUUGGAGAGAAUCAAGCACGAACAUACUGUCGACAUAUACGGACACGUCACCUGUCUGCGAGCCCAAAGGAAUUACAUGGUUCAAACAGAAGACCAGUACAUCUUUAUCCAUGAUGCCUUGCUUGAAGCUGUUAUGGCGGGUAACUCUGAGGUACCAGCACGUAAUCUCCACUCCCACAUUCAGGAGUUGAUGGCUGUUGAACCAGGAGAGAAUGUCACUGGCAUGGAGCUGGAAUUCAAGCGUUUGGCAAACAUCAAAGCACAACCAUCAAGGUUUGUCAGUGCUAAUCUUCCAGUUAACAAGUUCAAGAACAGAUUAGUGAAUAUAUUGCCUUUCGAAGGCAGUCGUGUGUGCUUGCAACCUCUUCGUGGUACUGAAGGAUCUGACUACAUCAAUGCCAGUUUUAUUGAUGGAUACAGGUACCGCUCUGCAUACAUUGCAACCCAGGGUCCACUUCAGGAAACCGUCGAUGACUUUUGGCGAAUGUUGUGGGAGCACAACUCUACCAUUGUGGUCAUGCUCACUAAACUCAAGGAAAUGGGCAGGGAGAAGUGCUACCAGUACUGGCCCAACGAACGGUCACAGCGGUACCAGUUUUAUGUGGUCGACCCUAUAGCAGAGUACAAUAUGCCUCAAUACAUUCUCAGGGAGUUUAAGAUAACUGAUGCCAGGGAUGGUCAGUCUCGCACCAUACGUCAGUUCCAAUUUAUCGAGUGGCCUGAACAGGGUGUUCCAAAAUCUGGAGAAGGCUUCAUUGAUUUCAUUGGUCAGGUGCACAAGACGAAAGAACAGUUUGGGCAAGAUGGUCCCAUUACUGUCCAUUGCAGUGCGGGUGUUGGUCGCACUGGGGUGUUCAUUACCCUGAGUCAGGUUCUGGAGCGCAUGCAGUACGAAGGUGUCGUUGACAUGUUCCAGACUGUCCGUAAUCUACGUACCCAGCGUCCUGCUAUGGUGCAGACAGAGGAGGAGUACAGGUUCUGUUACUUAGCAGCCCUGGAGUACCUGGACAGUUUUGAUCACUUCGUGGACUGACUAACGAGGCCUGCUGGAUCCCGCCCGCUGUCCAUAUGGACCUGAGAGACAUGUUGGGCUAGCUCAGGUGCUGCGGGAAAGUGUUAAAAAUACCCAGACAGUGGAGGUAUACUAUGAUAGAAAGUAACGCUUGUCUACGUCUUAAGCAGGUGCUCGGAAGGUCAAUCCACCUGAUUGGUUGACAUCGAGUGCAAGGCUCAUGUUUCGAGAGAGUUAUCAAGCCUUGAGUUAGCACUGCAGAGACUCCGUGGAAGGCUUACAUUCAGCAUGUGCAAUAAAUUGAUAUUUAAGAGUUGAAAUCAAAAAUAUGUUGAAAACUGCACCUGUCAGCAAAGUAGUCUCGUGCAAGCUAAACGUGAAAGAUGAUAGAAAAUACAUGUCUGUGAAUGCCACAUAAGUAAGCUCUUUACAGUAAUACUGUAAGCAAAACCAAGCUGCCUUCCAUAAAUAUAACUAUCCUACGUUACAAGAAAAAUAGAAAUGCUUUGUAACAUAACAUUUAGUAGAGUGGUUGAACACUGGCAAGUCAGUAACAAUCUCACAGAUGUUUAAGUUUGCCAUGCAAGGAUUGUGACCAAGAAUGCAGCCAUAAUUGCCUUUUUACCUGGGGACGGAUAAUAAUCUCUUGCGAGACCUCACCAUUAGGAAAAUAGCACAAAAAUUUCUGGAAUAGACAGUGGUGAUAAUAUUAGUGAUCUCAAAAUUAUUUCAUGUGGUGCUAUUGGGUGUGCUGACAACUCCCCCCUCAAAUGUGCCAAGCUAUGGGCAUGCACAUCAACUUGGUUUGUACUAUGAAAUGUAUUCAUGUUAGGGAAUAAUAGUCUUGAUAUACUUCUUGCUUGUUCAGUGACGAAUUUGUGAUCACCGGGUAACUGAACACAAGCCUAUGAUGCAGAAACUGGUAAUGCUGUUUGUCGUCUUAAAGGAAAGUACGACUGUUAUGUGCUCUCAAACUUCCUGCGGAAGAUGCAUAAAUGGAACAUCAUAAGUGCUUUCACAAACUUUAGUUUUAAGUUAAAAGGAUGUCUACACACAAAGUGCAUAUAGAAUAUAUCCAUGUAUAUAAGGAUAUCCCGUGAAUUCUUUGACUCGUUACUGAUCAGAGAAGUGAGAAAAAAAUGCUUUUAUAGUUUUGAUUCUGCCAUUCCAUUCAUGAAUGUGAAGUUUUUAUUCAUUUAAGUAUGAAUCUCUGGUAAUGCAUGAAUUUUGAGAGAUGUAUGCUCUUGAGUUAUUAAAAGUGACUACUAAGGAAAAAAUAUUUUGCUGGUAAUAGGACAUUAAGAAGGUAAUUUGUAAUGCAAUUAAACUUUUCUUAAUGUGAGAUUACUCUUGCCUUGUUACCAUGGUGUAAAAGGUCACUUACUGGUCCAAGCUGAUUAACCUGUUUAUAUUAAGUCGAUCUGCGUUCAACCUAAUUUUAGAUAUCUGCUGCACAAGUCUACAUACUUUGCAAUUUUGGUUAGUAUUUAUUUUUUAAGCAUUUUAUAUAAAAAUAGUGUCUAAUUAUUUAAAAAAAAAAAAAAUGAAUAAUUUGACCUUCAUAUGUCACCAUUCCCUUUAGUGUUCACUUGUACUAUUCUGUACAAAAUGUGUGAGAGUGAGUGAGCAGGUGGGCCAAGUUUGAUACAGCAAUACAAGAUUAGAAGCAUUUUUGCAACAUGGUUCAAAUCCAUUAGCCAGGUUCCUAUUUUCUUGGAGACCAUUUAUAUCCAGCAAAUUAAAAGAAUAUCUUAGAUUUGACAGCACAAAAAUAUGAUUAAUUGGUAGCAAGCAUGAUCUUUGUAGUUAGAAAUGUGACUAAUCACGUUGGUGUGAAAGAGGUUGUGAUGGAUUAAUUUUUUUUUAAUUGAUAUGUUGGAAUAUUAAGUUUUAUAAGAGUAGAUGACAUGUUUUUUCACACGACUAAUUUCAUCUUGUGGGGGGAUAAUUAGCGUAUUUUUAUUUGUUAAAUGCAUUGAGGCAAACCUUUCUGAUGUACAUCAUAGAUAUAAGUUUGACGUGAUUUAUAAAAUGCAUAUCAACAUUAUUGGGCGUUGCUUUGAAUUGAAUAAUGACGUGCAUUUAGGGAUCUUUUUUUUAAGUUAAUGAUAAGUUCUUUAAGUAUAUAAGGUACUUUUGAGGAAAAUGGAGGUGUUGUGUAGAGGUUCACUAUAAUGACCCUGUCUAGUUAUGUUAGUUUAUAGGAUAAUGAGAAUUAGUCUUUUAAACAUAUCAUUAUUUGCCUUGAGAUGCUGUGAUUCCCUAUAAAUGGACCAGCAUCAUUCUGAAGACAGCAAUACUGAUCACUGCAGUGAGGUUAUUAAUCACAUGCUAUAAGACAACUAGGCAGUUAGUACAAGUUAUUAAAUUCACCUAAUGUACUCUAUUAACAACUAGCAUUUUCCUCAAUGACCUGACUGCUAUAAUAAUGAAAUAUGUCAGAUUUUAAAACAAUUGGCAAAAAGUUAUGUAUAGAUUAUUCUCACUCAAUUAUAAAAUUUUUAUAUACGUUUAUUCUAUAUGUUCCAGACCUUACAAAUGAGGCUAUAAGAUGGCAUUUCCCACCAUAAAAUUGCAUACUAGCCACAAUGUUAUUAAUUUUACGAUUUAUUUUUUAUUUGCUUAGAAUCACUACCACCUCAGAUCAACUGCCAUUAAGCUAUGGGGAUAUGCGGCAAUUAACUCGGCUGACCACUUUGCUCUCUCCUGUCAUGCACAGCUGCCUGGAGUAUGAGGCUGCCUCUCCUACCAUAAAUUCUGAAUGUCAAUCGACUAUCAUUCUAAGGUAUUGUUGAUUUCACCGUAUCUAAAAAAAAAAGAUGAUAUCUAUAUUAGAAAAGAAUCCUUGGAAAACAAUUGUGAUAAUUUAUUACUACUUGUGAUGAUAGUUAGAUUGCACUUUUUUCAUGAUAGGUAUGAGAGGCAGGAUUUUUAUCAAAAUUCUUCUACCCAUGCCAAUAUUAUUUUGUUUUUACCUAGCUAGCAAUAUUUUGUAAUUCACACAUGUGAUGUAACAUAUUGUAAGAAUAAAAUGGAAAGAUU